AUGAAUGAACAGUGGAUGGUUCAAUCCUGGAAAACGGACCCGUGCUAUGCGGAAUAUGGUGUUGACGGUGGCAUGUGUUCUAUUAGAUAUUAUCUCAGUGAGAUAGAAAAUUGGUGCCCUCCACUGCCAGCCAAUUCAACAUUCAAACCGAUCACCCACAAAGCGUCAUGGAAUAAAAAUUUGACCCAAUUACUCUCCUUAAUCAACCAAUCAGAAUCAAAGGAUAAUUAUGCAUGGAUCAUGGAUAGAAUAGAGAGGUCAUUGUGGCAUCUAUGGUCGGACGCUGUUGUCAGCUUUCAAAGGGAUAAAGAAUUCCUAUUGGAUAACAAGAUGAGGAGCAAGCGAAAGAUUUUAAUUUACCUUGGGUUCCUGUCGAAAAAGUCAGGCUUCAGAAUACAACAAUCUGCCACUGCCGGGGGUCCAUUAGGUGAAUUAGUGCAGUGGAGUGAUAUUCUAUCUGCCCUGUUCACCAUGGGGCACGAGUUGAUCGUCACUAGUGAAUAUGAAGAACUUGUUGGGUUAGUUUUGUGUGUGUGUGUGUGUGUGUGUGUGUGUGUCAUUUUUAUUUUUCGCAGUGUUUUUUUUUUAUGUUUCUUCACGUCGUCUUUGUAUUUGUUGUCGUUUGUGUUCUCCGCUUCGUGGUUUGUUUGUUUUUGUUUAUUACGGAUCAUAGAUACGUUCGGAACAGAGGCUCCUUACAACAGUUUAACGUAUUCGAAGAAGUUUAAAAAUUUGAAAACCGCUUGGGGCGGUCAAGAGUUGGAUCUCAGGCAGUUUUAUACCAUGUUUCCACACUCUCCAGACAAUUCUUUCAUGGGAUUCGUCGUUGAGCAGCACUUGAACACGACUGAGUCCCGAUCGAUCGAACGAAAACAACAGGCCCUUGUCUACGGCAAAUCAUUGUAUAUGUGGAGUGGCAUGCAAGAUUACCUAUCAGUCAUCAGCAAACACGUGGAAAUACACGCCACGGUCUUCACCAACAGCAACGAAGCUCACCUCCUCCCCAGCUUUGUGCACAACCACGGCAUUCUGUCGGGGCCAGACCUCCACAGGCUGCUCUCCGAAUCUAAGCUAUUUAUAGGAAUGGGAUUUCCAUACGAGGGACCCGCGCCACUGGAGGCCAUAGCUGCUGGGUGCGUUUUCAUCAAUCCUAAAUUUAAUCCGCCCCAUAGUUCGCUGAAUACGAAGUUCUUCAAAGGCAAGCCGACCGCUAGGGAACUAACGAGUCAGCACCCAUACACUGAGCACUUCAUAUCGAACCCGAACGUCUUCACUGUCGAUAUUUCAAAUCUUAAAGAGGUUGAACGAGUCGUCAAGCAGGCUCUGCAACUUAUCGAUACUAAUAAAGUCAAGCCAUACUUGCCGUUUGAGUUCACGCACAAGGGCAUGUUGCAGAGGCUGAACGCUUACAUGGAGCACCAGGACUUCUGCACGCCCCACAAAAAUAUUUGGCCACCCGUCAGGGCUGUCCGCCUUCUCGUCUCAGAGUCCGGACAGUCCUGCAAAGAUGCUUGCUGGAGUCGGAAUAUGACGUGUGAGCCAAGCCACUUCAGGCGCAUCAACAAGCCACAGACGUUCGAACAUCUAUUCUCAUCAUCAUCAUCAGCAGCACGGCCUUACACUGGUGAAGCUGAGCUACACCAUCCAUCUGUCAGUGAAAAAUUAGGAACCUGUUAUCUACAAGGGGAUAAUUUGUUGUUUAGUUGUGUCAGCAGGACCGAAGGAUACCUCAGGGUCUGCCCUUGUAGGAAUUUUCUAAGGGGGCAAAUUGCCCUCUGUCCCGAUUGCUUGUGA